CUCUGUGCAACGCAUUUUUACACUGUUGCUCCUCCACCAGCCCCCCCGAGGGCUAACUUUUAAAGCCGUCUUUUUUCUUCUUAAAUGUUUCCAGCCGGAGUGAAAGCGACCUCUCAGCAUCGUCCGUGCCGUCGUAGCUCAGCCGGGAGUGUUGAAGCUCUAAGGAGGAGAAAUGCUCGGUGCUGUCUGCAGACACACAACUGACUGAUGCAUCCUCGCUCAGCUCACCCCCCCGUAUGUUGUCCAUGUUGUUGGCCUUGGUGUAUAUGGUGGCUCAUUGAGGAGAAAGGGAGGAGUCCCAGCAGCUGUUGGUUGGUGGGCAGCAUCCGUGGUUGCCGCGGUAACUGGCGACCAUGCCAGGGGGUCGCAGGGGUCCCAGCAGACAGCAGCUAAGUCGCUCUGCUCUGCCAUCCCUGCAGACUCUGGUAGGAGGCAACCUCGGCAAUGGUACAGGCCUCAGGAACAGGAGCAGUAACUCGGUGGGUCUGUCUGCCCCACCUCUCUCGGCCCUAAUUACCCCGGAGCCAGUCCGUCACUCAAGAAUCCCUGAGCUGCCGUUGGACAGCAGCCUGCUGUUUGAGUUCCUGCUCUUUCUUUAUUUGCUGGUGGCCUUGUUUGUCCAGUAUAUAAACAUCUACAGGACGGUCUGGUGGUACCCAUACAGCCACCCUGCUGCCUCUACCUCGCUUAACUUUCAUCUAAUGGAUUACCACCUGGCUAUCUUUAUCACAGUCAUGUUGGCCAGGAGGCUUGUUUGGACUAUAGUUUCAGAGGUGUCUCAGAGUAGCGGGAGAUCACUGGUCCGCUAUGUGGUUCUGAUCGCAGCAAGACUCAGCCUGCUCACAAUGUGUGGUUGGGUGCUCUGCUGGACACUGGUCAACCUCUGCAAGAACCACUCUGUACUCAACCUGCUGUUCCUGGGAUACCCAUUUGGCGUGUAUGUUCCGCUCUGCUGUUUCCACCAGGAGGGGGGGAAGAGCCAAACGGCACCGGCUGAUUGCGAUUACCCAGCAGACCACCAGCAGACUGACCUAACAGAGACCCCGUUCUUUCGACCACGUGAUUUCCUUUUCCUGUUAAGAGAGAACCUCAGAGAGCAAUUUUCCAGUGCCCCACACAUGCCUACCCACACCUGCCCACCACACACACACACUCACACACCGGAGCUGAUUCGAGCGGAGGUGGAGGAGCUGAAGAGCGACUUCAAUCGACGAAUCAAGGAAGUGCUGUUCAACUCACUGUUCAGUGCUUACUACGUAGCCUUCUUGCCUCUCUGCUUCGUAAAGAGUACUCAGUACUAUGACAUGCGUUGGUCAUGUGAGCAUCUGAUUAUGGUGUGGAUCAACGCAUUUGUGAUGCUGAUGAGCCAGCUGCUGCCCCCCAGCUACUGUGACCUGCUUCAUCGCUCGGCGGCUCACCUGGGUCGUUGGCAGAAACUGGAGCAUGGCUCAUACAGCAAUGCACCACAGCAUGUGUGGUCAGAAAGUACCAUUUGGCCUCAGGGGGUGUUGGUACGACACAGUCGAUGUCUGUAUAAGGCAGUUGGACCCUAUAAUGUCGCUCUGCCCUCUGAUGUUUCACAUGCAAGGUUUUAUUUCCUGUUCCACAAGCCAUUGCGGAUCCUGAACCUGCUGAUCUGGAUCGAGUCCAGUGUGGUUCUAUACCAGUUAUACUCUCUGCUGCGCUCUGAGCGCUGGAACCACACUCUCUCUCUGGGCCUUAUUCUCUUCUGCAACUACUAUGUCCUUUUUAAACUGCUCCGAGACCGCAUUGUGCUGGGCAAAGCCUACUCCUACCCCGUCUCCUCCAAUAGUUUGGGGCUUAAGUCGCAGUAAAUGUUCUGCACAAUGAGACCUUACCUACGAACUCUGGAUGUGGAGGGGAGAUGGGUGGAGGUCUGGUGAAGUAGAACACCAGCAGGCUGUUUAGCGCUCACACUUGGAGGUUAAGUGACUUGAACUCAUAAUAAUCGUGUUUUGAUACGGUUCUAUUUUUAAUGCAAUGUUUAUAUAUACCUAUUUAAAAGAAUAUUUUUAUUUUGUAUACUAUUUCGAGUUACGCCGGGCAUUACCACGCUGACGGCAUUAGCAUGUUGUGUUAUGUUGUUGCUAGGCGACAGGAAAGUCAGGGAAUGCCAGGAGGUGACUUUCACCAAAGAUAUUAUAAGUGCACGUGGCCAAUCACAGAGCAGACUUGGCCUCUGACAGUAAACACAACAAGCAAAUCAGAGCAGUUGAAGGAGGAGUUGUGUCCGAGAUCCUGAAACCCGAUUGGUCUGUAUUCUAUUUCAAUCCUGAGGCUCUCAAAGCUUAAAUCAGAAACCAGUUAAACAGAUUCAGCUGUUUGGGGCAGAAGAGCAAUUUGAACAUUUCAGCAUUUCUGUAGCAAAAACAGUCGUCACUGCACUUAACAAUUUCUUUAUGGUUUUUUUCAUCAAUGAUUUUAAAGCAAAACACAUGUUGCACACAUUUGGUGUACAGUUAGAUGAUAAGAUAGAUACCACUCUGUCCAUCAAAUAUAAAGCCACAACCAGCAGCUGGUUAACACAACAUCAAGUAGAGAUACAUUUACCUCCAAAUGACUUGAGGUCAGUCUGUAGGACAAAACACCUUAGGUACUCUCAUCCACUGCCUCUGCAGAGAAUGCUGUAUUCAUUCAACUUGUUACUACUUCACAUGCUACUCUGUUGACAGUUACAGCACCAGUCUUUACAAACUUACAAGUGAGAGGGUGUUGGCUGAAGGACAGAGAGAUGCUGUUGGUAUCCAUCAACUCAAAGCACACCCAAAAAUGUCAACAAACCAUGGGUGUUUCUUUACUUUAUCAUACAGCCCUGCCCAGCCUGCCUGUGGAUACAUACAAAGUGUAACGUUUGAAGGGCUGCUGCUGUAGCCAGGUGAUUUUUUUUUUUCUGUAACAACUGAUGUCUGACCACACUCUGACAUGCUGAAAUCUUCUUGCCAUGAUAAUAGUGUAUGACGCAUUUCUGUUCCUAAAUGUCAUCCAGUCAGUGUUUAUUUUAUUGCCUUUUUGGUGCCUGAAUAGUUAAACCCCACAAUGGAAUUAGGACAAUAUUACAUCAGGUUCAUCUUUUUGUGGACUGGAUGCAGAUAACAGAACAAAUGUGGCUAAUAAAGUUUUGUUUUGGUACGUCCCAG